UUAGAGGCGAUAGUAUAAAAGCGAACCGCGCGCUGUCAACAGAAGACAGCUAAGAAGAUUCAUUGAAAGAACUGCAAGCACGACUGGAUCUAUAAUUUUGCUAUCAACAUGUCAAAGGUAUUUAAGAAGACCAGCGGCCAUGGACAUAUUGCGCUGUACUUGGGGAAGAGAGACUUUGUGGACCAUUUGGACCAUGUGGAUGUAGUUGAUGGUGUUAUUAAGGUGGACCCUUCUGGUCUUAAUGGCAGAAAAGUAUUUGUCUACCUCGCUUGUGCCUUCCGCUAUGGAAGUGAAGAACUGGAUGUUAUUGGGCUGUCCUUCAGGAGAGACAUCUGGAUCCAGCGCAUUCAGGUGUAUCCACCUACAGGUGCAAGUAUAACCAAAACACCUAUGCAGGAAUCACUCUUGAAGAAAGUUGGAGAGCAAGGAUAUCCCUUUUCCUUCCAGAUGCCAACAAAUCUCCCAUGCUCAGUCGCCUUACAGCCAGCCCCAAAUGAUUCUGGCAAGGCUUGUGGUGUGGACUUUGAAGUGAAAGGAUACAUUGCCAAUGUUGCUGACAGCGCAGAUGAAGUCAUUGAAAAGAAGGACACGUGUCGCCUGAUGAUUCGCAAAAUACAAUAUGCACCAACUAACAACAGGGCUGGACCCACGGCUGAGCUAGCCAAACAGUUUAUGAUGACUGACAAACCUGUUCACUUGGAGGCCGCCCUUGAAAAAGAGAUUUAUUACCACGGUGAUCCAAUCACUGUCAAGGUAAAAAUCAACAAUGAAACCUCCAAGACUGUGAAGAAAAUCCAAGUCUCGGUCGAGCAGCUAACGAAUGUGGUGCUCUACUCUUCUGACACUUAUGUCAAGUCAGUCUGCUCUGAGGAAUUUGGGGAAACCAUAAACGCCAACUCUACAUUUGAGAAGUCCUACCAAUUAACUCCUCUGCUGGCCAACAACAAAGAGAAGCGGGGUCUUUCAGUAGAUGGACGGCUAAAGGAUGAGGACACCCACCUAGCAUCCACUACCCUGGGUCAAGGAGAAAAGGAGAUGCAGGGAAUCAUCGUGUCCUAUAAAGUCAAGGUCAAUCUAAUGGUGUCUGGUGGAGGCCUGCUGGGUGGCCUAACAGGAAGCGAUGUCACUGUGGAGCUUCCUCUUACUCUGAUGUCCCCAAAACCUGCAGAAGUUACAUUGGAUUAAAGGCCUCUUUAGUUCAGGUCAGACAUCUUAAUCGAGCCCAUGGAAGGUUGAGAUGACCAGCGAAGGAAAAUCAUGUCUCUGACAAGAGAACACAGAACAAAGGAACUCAGCACCAUAGAAGAGAAGCACAAAGUGUC